AUGUCCCACAAACGCGGAUCCGCUUCGGGUCCCUCCCCCUCCCCUAUUCCCCCUCACAUCCGUCCUCCUGUAUCCCGCCAUCACUCCUCCUCUUCUACCGGCUCUUCGCGUCACCCUCAUCCCCAACAACGGGAGUACGUCCCCUCAACCCUCGAAGGCGGAUUCUCAGCCGAGCCGGGAACAUCCGGGCUAGGGGAGCGAUGGGCGUUCGAGCACGCAGAGCACCCUGGGCAUGCGCCGCAUGCGCAUCGUCAUGUCGAGGGGCAGGGCCAAGGCGAAGACGACUUGGACGAGGAGGAAGAGGAUACCGGGUCCGAGGCGGAUUGGAAUGCCGCCAAGGAGCAGGCGGACGCCCGGCGGCCGAAAUGGCGCAGAGCGAGCCCGAGGUGGCUGUACCCUUUCGUCUCGGGUGCGACGCUCGCCUUGGGCAUGGGCAUGGCGCCGAGGAGCGAGCUAUAUGUCAAUCUGGCAUGUCUGGCCCAUCCGCCUCAAAUGCCCAGCACGCUCACGGCGGAGGCGGUAGCGGAGCCCCCGGUGGCAAGAGGGUUUGGGAUGUACUCGUUCCAUUCGCUCUAUAUGGACUCGCUCUUCAGGGCGACAACGGAGAUCGGGAUCGGGGAGGGGAACCUCACUGAUACAAUCGGCAUACCUUCCGUUCCGGAGGACGUCUCGCCCGCGGACCGGUGGUUCUACAAGCUUCAGAGGGAUAUCUACGAGUACGAGGCGAAGCACCAGCAUCGUGACAAACAGCCGGCCUGGAGCACGUCCGUCGUCUCUACUCCGACGGAUCACUCGUCUCGGGUGCCGAAACCAACGGAGACUGUUCCUGCUAGGGAGCAGCCGAGUACGCCCUCCGGCGGAAGGGAAGCAGGAGAGCCAGGCACGGCCGGACCGCCGUACAGGCAGAUCGACCCCAAGAUCUGCAAGCGGGAUCCGAAAGUGCAAGCGGCAGCAGCGAGACUGGUGAUGAUGAUGACCCUCACCAUGGGCAUCUUGGCCGCCUUGACUACUGGCUACUGGGGACAGAUGUCAGACAGGAUCGGCCGGACCAAGAUUAUGGCCAUCAUGGAGACUGGGCUGCUACUCAACGAGGCCUGCUUUAUCAUUGUCGCUACCUUCCCGUACCGCGUCCCUGGCGGAUAUCGGGCACUGCUCGUUGGGCCCAUUCUCGAAGGCUGCCUCGGCGGAAUCUCGACUCUCACUGCGACGGUCAACGCGUAUGUCUCUGAUACGACGCCCGAUGGAUCCCGGGCGUCCAUCUUUGCCAGGCUAGGCGGGAUCUUCAUGGUCGGCUUUGCAUGUGGGCCGGUCUUAGGAAGUGCGGUCAUCAAGGCGACUGGCAACAUCAUGACACCGUUCUACCUAAACAUCUGCGUCCAUCUCUUCUACAUCACGAUGAUCAUCCUCGUCCUUCCCGAAUCGCUCUCGAAAGAAGCGCGGACCAUCCUCAAAAAGACCGCCAAGAUCGCCUCGGACGCGCAGAAGCGACAAGACACCCUCGCUCGCGAAUGGGAGAACGAGACGCCCGCGGCUGGUCCCGAGAUCGCAGACCCGUUCUUGACCGCUACGCCUGGCUCGACUAGCGGCGUAUCCGAGUCAGAGAGGCCCGGCUGGUCCAGGCGGUUCUCGAUGUCUGCGCCGAAUGCGCAGAGCUCGAAGCGACACAAGAAGUUUGCGGGGCUGCUGAGGCGGACAUUCAGAACGGCGACCGCUUUCUUGCAGCCGCUGGCGGUGUUUUUGCCUACGGAGAAGGAGGAUGGAGGGAAGGAUUGGAAUAUGACGGUCACGGGGGCUGCGCUGUUUGCCAUGUCGUUCAUGAUGGGUGUGUAUCAGAUCAAGGCGUCGUAUACCAUUUAUACUUUCGGAUGGACAUCGGCGCAGCUAGGCCCAUUUAUGUCGCUCCUUGGCUUCUCGAGAGGAUUUGUCAUGCUUGUAUUGCUACCUCGUGACUCCCCUCUUCUCGCAUCUCCACCGGUCAAGCCGCGCCGCCCGGCGACCCUCGACCUCUGGACCGCCCGUAUCUCUCUCGCAUGGGAAGCGAUCCUGUACCUCAUUCUCGCUCUAAACCUGCCCGAGAUCCCCUUCAUCAUCGUUUCGACGCUCAUCACCCUCUCAUCCGGAUCCAAUCCCGCUGCCAACUCCCUUGCCCUCUCUUUCAUCCCAAACAGCCGAGAAGUCGGCAAGCUCUUUGGCGGUGUAGCCGUUCUGCACGCGCUCGGAUCGACACUGCUCGGCCCGCUGGCUUUCGGGACGUUGUUCUCCGUGACAGUUGGGAACUUUACACCGGCUGUAUGGGCCCUCGGAGGCGUUGUGCAGCUUGUGAGCUUGGGAUUCAUGUGCUUUGUGAGGAUACCGGUGGAUCGGGGGCCAGAGGGUGGGGCGGAACGGGGGAGGAGUAAGCGGGUCAAGACGGUGAGGAGUAGCUCGGGGUUGAGAAAGUGA